CACGUGGAUCACACCUAGAAUUACGAUGCUCCGGCCCGGCGACCGGCGGGGUCGUGGAUGGAGCUCCGAUACUUGAACCUCAAGUCACCUCGUUAGUUACCAAGGGCAAAUUGCCAUACUACCAUUCAAUCAUCUAGACAAGCCAAAGUACUUGAUCUUCACUCAGAAUCCACGGAGAGGCCCAAAGAAAUUGGCAUAUAAGUAAAACAACAUGGAUUACACAAGUAUCGCGACACCCGAGCGGUGUUAUGCCGACUUCUGCCUCAUUCCGGUACGUUUCCGUGCUCGAACUACUACCUAUCACCAUCGCCACCGUAUCCAAGCCUUGCAAGAUUCAAUCCAAUCUCACAUAUAUUCCUCUCCACGCCGUCCAGCCUCACCAAUAUGACAAGACGUGGAAGGACGCUUCACAUCGCUGGCAAAUUCCGCACUACAAUCCCACAAGAUUCGAUGGCGAGAGAGAUCUGACAAGCCCGCUACCCACAGGUCGGCACCGGCUCGGUCUCCGUCGCGGAGGAAGUAGCCGAGGUCCAGAAGCUGCUGAAGGCGAGCGGGCUCGCGUACACGAUGCACUCGGCGGGGACGACUGUCGGUGCGUAUCUCAUCUCGAACUAUUUCUCAGACUAUACACAUACCAAUCCAACUAUCUCUAUUCUCUAUUCUCUAUUCU